GUGAAGACAGAGGAAGCAGAAUGGCAAGAACCAAGCAGACCGCUCGUAAAUCCACCGGAGGAAAAGCUCCCAGGAAGCAGCUGGCCACCAAGGCUGCCCGCAAGAGCGCGCCGGCCACCGGCGGUGUGAAGAAGCCUCACCGUUACCGUCCCGGUACCGUGGCUUUGAGAGAGAUCCGUCGCUACCAGAAAUCCACGGAGCUGCUGAUCCGCAAGCUGCCCUUCCAGCGCCUCGUCAGAGAGAUCGCUCAGGACUUCAAGACGGACCUGCGCUUCCAGAGCUCCGCUGUCAUGGCUCUGCAGGAGGCCAGCGAGGCUUACCUGGUCGGUCUCUUCGAGGACACCAACCUGUGUGCCAUCCACGCCAAGAGGGUCACCAUCAUGCCCAAAGACAUCCAGCUGGCCCGCCGCAUCCGUGGAGAGAGAGCUUAGACCCACAGCAUUCACUUUACACCCGACACAACGGCUCUUUUAAGAGCCACACAUGUUCACUGUGAGAGCUCAAUGUUCCAUCUAAUACUCUUGAGGUGUAAAAUUACUGCUUUUUGAUUAUGACCCAGACAAUGUUAAUAACAAAUGUCAUUUCAAAUUUAGUUAUUCAGAAUAAUCAUUUUGUUUAAUAAAGUCACAGGGAAAAUUGUGGCCUUCACUCUCACCUUGUAAAUGAUGACAUACUGACCAGUCACAGUGUAAUUACUAUUAGUCUAAAUGACCUUUGUAUCUGUAGUGAUUGCAGUCAGAUUCUGCUGACAGAUGUUUAUUGAUUUUAUAGGUGAAAAUGUGAAAAUUUUCUUGAUUUAUUGCUGCUGCUCUGCUGUAAUGUUUGUAAAAGUCCUUGUUUAUGGUAAGUCAAAGAAUUUCAGUGAAUAAAGUUGAUAAAU